CUCGCAUUCUACGUACGUAUUAUACGUACCGGUGGAGCAAGAGGGAAUAGAUACUGUCAAAGAAACACUGACAAGUAGAGACGUUUUAAUUCAGUUAGCAAGCUUCUGAGUAAAUAACCCAAAGUAACUUCCGUCCAGAAGGACAUACACUGACAGUCUCCAAUCACUACUUGUUUCCAGCAGCUGUUCGGUGACCAGCGUUGUUCCACAUAUAGUAGCAGAUGAAAGAAGAAAUGCCUGAAAAACAUGUCCCACAAAGAAGAUAAUGAAGGGAAAAGGAGCUCUCACCGCACUGCAUUGUACAGCAGCAUCCCUCGAAAAUGUGUGCCCAUUGUGUACCACCCAGACUACAAUAUCACCUUCAUGGGCCUUGAAAAGCUCCAUCCAUUUGAUGCUGGGAAGUGGGGGAAAGUCAUUCACUUUUUGAAAGAGGAGAAGUUCAUCACUGAUGAUGACAUUGUGGAAGCCUGUGAAGCUACUGAAGAGGAUCUGCUGGUGGUUCAUACCAAACGCUACCUCAACAGAUUAAAGUGGUCUCUGGUGGUGGCAACAAUCACAGAAAUCCCACCUCUCCUGUUUCUGCCAAAUUUCCUGGUGCAGCGGAAGGUGUUGAGACCUUUGCGGACACAAACUGGAGGAACAAUAAUGGCAGGAAAACUGGCUGUUGACCGAGGAUGGGCUAUAAAUGUAGGAGGAGGCUUCCAUCACUGUUCCAGCGACAAGGGAGGGGGCUUUUGUGCUUACGCUGACAUAACUCUGGCCAUCAAGUUUCUGUUUGAAAGAGUGGAAGGUAUCUCCAAGGCAACCAUCAUCGAUCUAGAUGCUCAUCAGGGAAACGGGCACGAGCGUGACUUCCUGGACGACAGGAGAGUGUUCAUCAUGGAUAUGUACAAUCGCUAUAUCUAUCCUGGGGACACAUAUGCCAAAAGAGCCAUAAAGAGGAAGGUGGAGCUGGACUGGGGCACUGAAGACUCAGAGUACCUUCAGAAGGUCGAACUUCACUCUGACGGAGCUCUGAACGAGGUGCGACCUGACAUCAUCGUCUACAACGCAGGGACAGACAUCCUGGAUGGGGACCCCCUCGGAGGACUCUCCAUAUCACCACAGGGCAUCGUAAAAAGAGAUGAGAUCGUGUUCAGGGCUGCGAGGCGACGGGGCAUCCCCAUACUCAUGGUGACAUCUGGGGGAUACCAGAAGAAAACAGCCCGCAUCAUCGCUGACUCCAUCCUCAACUUGCACCAGCAGGGUCUAAUUGGAGCAGAGGCUCUGGAGGGCGAGGGGUCAUCAUCACUGGUAACCAGCAUGAUGUGCAGCUCCGGAUCUGUUGGAUCAAAAUUCACUGCUGUCUGAGAUGCAUUCAUCCUGGGGUUUAACAGCGACAGGUGUGUCAUCUACAGCUGUGACAUUUAAAGGCACUCAAGUAACUGAAGAUUACUGCUGCCACUCGCAAAGUUAUGACUGGGGGUUACCCAAUGCUUGUUUGCACAUAUAAAACAACAACAAAAAAAGAGCUGAGGUGAAUUUUUACAUUUUUAUGUGUAAGUUUGCAGUAGCUCAAAGGGAAUCAAAGAGAAAAGUCGUACUGGGAUAAUGGCGCUCUCUGACUACAGCUGAAUUCAUAAACUCUCACAUGCUACAAAAAGAGUUGUUUAAUUUUUCAUCGGAUAGAGAGUUGAGUAUGUUUGGGGCAGCAUUUUACAAAGGUAUUCUUUCAUCUCAGGAAAUGUAAUUAUGUCAUUUGUGGAAGAUGUAUUAAUAGUUCAUUAAAUGAUAAAGAGGUUUGAUGUUCUUACAGAUACAUGGGAAAUAUUUUAAAAAUCCUCCAUCACAGCUUAUGGUUAACACAAGAUAAUUUCACAUAAAAACUCUAACUAUCAAACGUAAUCUAAUGGUGAGGUUUAACCUUUUUACAGAAGUCUUCAUUUUUCAUUAGCAAGCCCAAAUGGAAUCUGCCUGUUUUGUUUUUCCAUGUUCUGUCUUCAGUUUUCAACAGCAAUCUAGAGUGAAAAUCUGCUGAACUUAGCUGAAUGGAUAUAUUCAUUUAAGAUCGAUAAAGAUUGUUUGUGAACCAAAAUAAACACACGCAAAGCAUUUUUUUAAAAACUUAGAAUCACUUCAAGCAGGCAAAAAUUUUAGUAGAACUGACUUCUGAACACUGAAUUUGAGUUACCUCUUGGUUUUACAGGCAGAAAGUCUACUUGUUUAAAAUCUGCAGAGGUGUCUUCAGAACUCUGUGGGCACAGAUUCCAUGUGGGCCCGCUAAUCACUUUUGUGUUUUACAGUUUUUAACAUAAAUUUGUGUUUUUCUCUAGAUAACCACUGUAAUCAUUACAUAGUUAAUGAUGUUUCAUUAAUCAAGUUCAGCUUGUGAUGGGAGUUUUGUUUUUUUUUUUACUUAAGGAUUUAAAUCCACUCACUCUCUGUCAUUAAUGUUUACUGGGAGCCCUGUAUGUUUUUACUGUGGGCACUGAAGUGUUUUGUCUCUUCUGUGUGAACAAAGACGAAAACAUGUGACUGUGAGCACUUUAACUGGUGUCUGGUGGAGGAAAGUUCAGAAACAUUCCCAAAUUUCUGAAAAUCGAUUCUUGUUGUAGUGUGUUCCUGUGUUCUGCAAAGUCCAAAAACUGAAGUGUUCCAUGAUUAAUGAGCAGGCAUGUACAGCAGAGCUUUUCAUGAGUUUUACUUCUGAUUGGUUUGUCAGACAGACAGAGCUCAUCUAAUGAUGUUUACACAUACAGUAGUUCUGUAAUAGGAGACAAAGCGGAUUUUUAAAUUAAUGCUUCGUCAGUUUGAUGAAUGCAGCAGCUGAAACAUGGAACAGCUUCCGAAAGAGUCUCCAUCCAAUAUUGAGCUCUUAAAAGGUGUGUGUCUGUGCUUCUUUCUGUAUUCAUAAUAUCAAAUAAGCAAUUUUAGUUUGAAUUUAUGCCUGCAACAUUUUGAAAGUUUGAGGCAAACUGAAUUAUUAGUGCCUCGUUUCUUUACUCAUAUCUGAAUCAUAUUCAAAUCAUAUUUCAUGCUAAUAUUAAGCUUCAGAAGGUUUCUUUGCAUGUUGAUGGUUUCAAAUGAAAUUUACUGUUUGAAAAUAAUCAUUAAAGGAUUAUUCUGGUCAAAUAAUGAUAUUGUACUUACCAAAUCAGUUGCUGUUAUCUGGAAACAUGGUGACAUUGCUACAGAAAAGUUCUACGGAGCAAGAAACAAACCUACACUUCUUACAUCUCUGGUAUAUUCAGUGAUUCACAUCGAUCUGCUAACAAAUAUUUUCUCCUUGUUGAAGAAACCAUUCACCUCCUACAUAGCUAUGUAGAUGGCUGAGAUCGGUGCAGCUGUGUAGACAGUUGGUAGUCAACUUACGGAAGUGACUGACAUCACUCUUGGUUCAGACAAAACAGGAAUUAGUUAGCAUGAACCCCAUGUCAGGCUGAAUGAAUGAAGUGAAACAAAAUGGCAACUGAGUCUGAUUAUCAUGCUAAAACAUAGCUCCAGAUUAGCAGAGGUAUGGGUUCUGCGUAGUGUCUUCUAAGCUGUUCCUAGGACUGCACUCUUCUGGAUAGAGACUACUGAUGUUGUACCUGGAAUCUGUUGGAGCCACUCUUCCAGUUUAGGGGUCACAGCCCCCGGUAGUCCGAUUACCACUGGCACCACUGUUGCUUUUACUUGCCGCAUCUUUUCUAGCUUUUCUUUCAGCCUUUGGUAUUUUUUGAGUUUCUCGUGUUCCUUCUUCUUGAUGUUGCUGUCACUUGAAAUCGCUACGUCUCUCGCCACUGUCUUCUUCAGUGGUUUGUCAACCACUACAAUGUCCGGUGGGUUCUCCAUCACUAUUUUGUCAGUCUGUACCUGGAAAUCCCAUAGGAUCUUAGCUUGGUCAUUCUCAACCACCUUAGAACAUGUCUUUCAUUCUGACUUUGGUACUCCCAGCUCGUACUCAGUGCAGAUGUUCUUGUAUACUAUGCCAGCCACUUGGUUAUAGAGUUCCGUGUAUGCUGUUCCUCCCUGCAUCUUACAUCCUGCUGUUAUGUGCUGAAUUGUCUCAGGGGCAUCUUUGCACAGCGUGCACCUGCGGUCCUGUCUGGUGUGAUCUUGUACUGAGUGUCUGUUCUUGUGCUGCCAUUAUUAGCGCUUCUGUGCUGUCCUUCAAUCCAGCCUUUUCCAGCCAUUGGUAAGAUUUUUGAUAUCAGCCACUUCUUCUAUCUGUCAGUGGUAUGUGCUGUGCAGGGGCUUGUCUCUCCAUGAAGGUUCAUCCUCCUCCUCCUUAGCAUCAUUGCCAAGUUUCUGUAGCCUGAGGUUUUCACUUAGCAGUGCACCUCUGAGGGGGUAUGUGUUGAUGGCCAGACCUUGUUCUUACCAUUCUGCUGAUUUGUCAGUACUUUCCUCACUCUUCUCUCUCUUUUAUGUGGAUCAGCAAGUCAAUGCCUUUCUCACUCUUGGCAUACAGUUUGAUGGUAUCCAUGUAGAGGAGGUGAUGGUUGCUCCAUUUCAGAACUGGUAUCCACAACCGCUCUUUGUGAUGAUCUGGUUGAAGGGGUUCAGGCCUAUGCAGAACAGCAGCAUGGAUAGCACAUCGCCUUGGUAUGUGCCGCACUUGAUUAUAACUUGGGCAGUCGGCUUUGAGUUGAUCUCUAGAGUUGUCUUCCACAACCCCACUUCACGUGCCUACUUAUCUUAGGUGCUCCAGUGCCUGACAGGAGCUUCCAUGUUGUGCAGAGACAGGUUAUUGGCGGGUAGUUGGAUGGAAUUGUUCCUGAUGAGAACUGUCCCUCGUUGGGUAAGCGAAUGGUGAGUCCCAUCCAUCAGCAGCUGGUUCCUUUGUUCUGCUAGGCACCAUUUUUGUCUUGAUCUUGGGCCUCCAGUCUCCUCUUUGAUGGGGCAUAAUGCUCUUUGUUUCUUGCAGUUACAAGUGGUAACCAGCCAUCUCUAGGUUUUGCUGUUGCUGUGUUGUACAUCAGCUCAUUAGUCUCAGUUAUCAACUUAGUAGGGAUAGUCUCUAGUGCUGCAUUCACAUCUUCUCGCAUACUUUCAGAAGUUACUCUGUGACUUAGCCAUGGUAAUCAACCACAGGGGUGCGAGGUGUCCAGCAUUGUCUUGAUCUUCAUUCUCAGGUCAAUGCCCUUUUGUUCAGGGACUCUGUCGCCGCUAUUGGGGCUUGGUACCCAUCUUAGAGUGUGGGGAUGAUGAUGUCUCCCCCCAGACCUGUCGUCCUGACUCCCCUUGCCAUGGCAUUGUUGUUGUACCUCAUCAGUCUAAUAGCUGUUAUAGCAGUUGCUGUUUACAGAUGUUGAAACACUGUGCUAGAAGCUUCUAGCGUAGCUACUUUGUUAGCGUAGAUGUUGGUAUUCAGAGCAUCCAUAUAUCCCAGGGCCUCUGCAUGUAUCCUCUCUGCUUUAGACCAUGAAUAUCUUGUUCCAGUAGUCCAUUUCUCAUCAGGUUGCCCUGGUCUCUCAACACCUAACGCAGACCUUGUUGACCCGGAAGAUGUCCAAGCUGGCAUGAAUCUUGUUUGAGCUAUCCAUUGCAUUAGAUAUGUUUUGUAGCUGAAUGGACCUGAAGUGGUAGCUGGCAGGUGUGCCGUAAUGGUUUCACAUUCAUUAUCUUCCACUGCUCUGGCUUCACUCUACUAUUAAAAAAAAGCUGCCAAAGUAGGACUAGAAUACAGACUCAUGAUCAUGUAAAGAAUUAAAAUCUAUCUUUGAACCGCAUGAAAAGCAGUGUAUCGGUGCUUAUCCAGGAAGCCGUUUGGACACAUUGAUGAUGAAACUGUGAAAGGCAGCCCAUAUUAGCAGUGUCAGUGUUAAUUAGCUAAAGCCUUUGAUCUGGUGUGCUGCUUUUGAAUGCGGCUGAAAGGUUUAAUACAGUCUACCUUUAAUUAGGACUUAGAACAUAUCAAUUAUUGUAAACAGCCCUCUUUCCUACUCGAUGCAAUCCCAGAUUCCAGCUCAUCAACUCCUUUCUGUCGGUCAACAUUUUAGUUGUUUGAGCUGAUUGAAUGUUGCGUGCCAAAAAUAACAACGAAUACUAUAAAGUUGUACUGUAUGUUUUUGGGGGUGUUUGUGGUUUGUUCUGACACUGAAAAAUACUACUAUGCACUCAUAAAGAUAUUGAAUAAAUAACAACCAAAAGGUC